CCAGCUCUAGGUCUAACCGAGCCGUGCCUGGUCCCAUGGCCUCAACCUCGCAUUGGACCUGAUCUCGGGGUGCGCUAUCCGCAUCUCGGCUCAUCUCAUGCUCAGAUGGGCGAUCGGCCUUCGGUGUCCGGGUGGGACCACCCCCAACCGAAAUUGGUCGGGAUUGACCUUGGCCGCGGCCACCUCCGUCGCUCCUAGCCCCUGGUCAAGGUUGUGGCCUAGUGAGCUUUCUCCUGGUUGCUCCUGCUCGGCGAGCCCGUCCCAAUCAGGCCUGGCCUACCAGCGCCACCCCCUUCUCACCGUGCUUGGUCCUGCUCCGUCUCCUCCCUACCCUCCCUACCCUCCCUACCCUCCUGCCGGUUGGACUGCCUUUCUCGCGCGUCAGCAAUUUCCAAGGUGGUCAUCAUCGCUCAAAAAGGAGCAGAAUCCUCAUCACCGUCUUCAUCAUGUGGAAGUAAGCGUCUGGCCCCAACCAGAGGUAGCUCCUUCACCACCACCACCGCCACCGCCCACAUCUACCAGGGGUGACGUCAGGCCAGGACAGGACUUUCAAGCCAAUAGGCCCUCUACCAUAAGAGCAAUCACUGACAACCAGAAGGUCCAGCAGGUCCAGAGGAUCGACAAGGUCUUCAAGGUCCAGAGGGUGUCUGAGGCACAGGCAGUUGUGAAGCGGCAGAACCGCGAUCCUAGCGAUCUGACUUGGCGUGUCCGGCUCACCACGUCAUGGCGCUUGGACCAUUGUGAUCGCCUCAACCUUAAGCGCAUCACCCCGUUUUAUUGGAUCAGCCGAGGUCGAUUUGACUACGGAUGUGAUUGCCCCUUGGUCCCGCCAACGCAGUUUAGGGUUAGAGGCAUGAGUACGCAGAGUAAUCGCACAUUGGGCAACGGGGUCCACGGGUCGCCCCCGCCAACCCACCUGGCCGACGAUCGCUUGGGCUUGUUGGCUUUAUCCAAAACCUUUAACCGAUUCUACUACGGAGGUUUCCAGACGAAGGAAUGCCGUCCACUGCUUUGCCAGAACACCCAGAUCGGUUUGAUCCGGAAGGAUGUCUACGAAGAGCUCCGGCGAUUCGAGGACGUGUUUGACUUCUCUCGGGAUGAUCGGGUCUCCAUUCGCGAUGAUUUGGACUCGUUCGAGAGCCGCACUCAGGCUGUGGAUGGGGUAUUACGUAAAAUCCGAGACGACUGCGAUUUUGCCGCCCUUCGUGGGUGGAGAGACGAGACUUACGAUAUCAGACCGAACUUCUCGCAAGAGCCUCUUCUCAAAAUGGAAAGAGCUGCCACAUGCAUGUUAGGCCUUCGUCAGUAUGGCAUCGAUAUCAAUGGUUAUGUGAAUCAUUCCGUCGAGGGCCUUUGCUUGUGGCUUCAGAAACGAUCCUCCCGAAAACCCACUUGGCCAGGGAUGUGGGAUAACUUUGUCAGUGGAGGUUUAUCGACCGGAUUUGGGAUUGCCGAGACUGCCGUCAAAGAAGCUCAAGAGGAGGCUAAUGUCUCGCCUGUUCUGGCCAAAACUAUGAAACCCGGUGGGGUUGUCACGUUCUUCUUUGAAUCCGAGCGGGGAAUAUUUCCUCAAACGGAGUUUGUUUUCGACUUGGAGCUUCCCGAGGAUUUUUCCCCAGAGAAUAACGACGGAGAGGUCGAAGGGUUUGAACUUGUGCCUGUUCAUCGAAUAUUUGAAAGACUUCUCUCGCCGGAGAUGAAAACCACGAGUUGUCCAGUUACCAUUGACUUUCUAGUCCGCAGAGGUAUCAUCAACUCCGAGAAUGAGCCCAAUCUGCCGCAAUUAGUGGAGAAUCUACAUAUUCCCAUUCAUUCCUGUUACCAAUGAGGUUAAGAUCCCUCCGAUCGAUCGUUUCUUCCGCUAAGGGUUAUGUUUCGACGCUCCUAUCAACUCGAUUACGGACGAACUAUUCUAUUUUGAAAUUUCGAGUCGGUUUCACAUCAUGAACACGCCGAGAAUGGCGUGGGAUUAAAUACAUGGAACAAUUUGUGCCAAGAAAAA